CGAGAGCGAGAGAAAAGUUUCCCGUCACUAGAGCUGACCCGGGCAGUCGCGCUCUGAUAAAAUCGCCGUGCAACCCCCGCGUUUGCAAAUUGCGCGCGGACGCGGCGAACGAGUAUCGGUGUUGAAAAGGAAUAGUUAGGAGAUUUUACACUAUGAAUCAGGAAAAAUUAGCAAAACUACAGGCUCAGGUUCGGAUAGGAGGAAAGGGCACAGCUCGCAGAAAGAAGAAGGUAGUGCACAGAACAGCAACAGCUGACGACAAGAAAUUACAAAGCUCACUGAAGAAACUAGCAGUUAAUAAUAUUGCUGGCAUUGAGGAGGUGAAUAUGAUUAAAGAUGAUGGACAGGUCAUUCACUUCAAUAAUCCCAAAGUGCAAGCCUCAUUAUCUGCCAAUACAUUUGCAAUUACUGGCCACGCUGAGACAAAACAGAUCACAGAAAUGCUUCCAGGCAUUCUCAGCCAGCUUGGAGCUGACAGUCUAACAAGUCUUAGAAAAUUAGCUGAGCAAUUGCCACGGCAAGUUCUGGAUAAUAAAACGCCCAAAGCAGAAGAUAUUGAAGAAGAUGAUGAUGACGUCCCAGAUCUUGUUGAAAAUUUUGAUGAAGCAUCUAAGAAUGAAGCCAACUAAAACCUGCUGGCAGACCAUAGACUGGAAUAAAGACUGUACCAACGAGGAAACUUAUUCCAAAGUUUUACUAUAUUAAAAAGUGAAAAAUCACAAGUUUGCAAAUACAGUGAACUAAGGCAUUUUGUAUUUUAAUGAUGCGGAAUGUUCAGCAUCUUUCAAUUGGUUGAAAUCAUUUGUCUGCAUUUUGCACUUAAAACAAAAUCCUUUGAUCUGAAGUGUGUAAGACUGAGAUUUCAUUAAAAAGCAAUCUGAAUAGAUUGCAAAUUCAAGUGGGAUGAGCAAGCUGGCGAAGGUCUUAUUUAAGGUUUUCCCUCAUGACAUGCAAAUAAAAUAGAUUGAUUAACUUGUA